UCAAACGGACGACAAAACAUAUUAAUUAAAAAUUUCAUCGUCAAGGAUAUGUUAUGGUUGAAAAGAUGAGCAGUGAAACUCAAAUUACAAAUAUCUUAAAUGAUAUUUUGAAAGUAGAGGCGAUAGAAGAAGCGUUCAGUUGUGUUCUUGUUCAUCAUCCCAAGAAAGAGACUGAUAAAGUAGCGGCAUGGCAUCAAGAAUUGAGGACAGCUAUGACUGGGUUGACAAAGGAGCAACAAGAAGCAGCAGUUCGUCAAUUUUUAUCAAUGGCUGCAGCUAUGACAAAUCACAGACGAUUGCAGUUAUUAUUGUCGCUUCUAGAAAAUUUAGUACAUUCAAAUUUUUUACCUGCUAGACUAGUAUGUGAAUGUAUUCUAAGUUGCGAUAAAUUACAGUAUCAAUUAGAAGAUUUUUGGGUCGAGUGUUUUGUUCUCAUUAAACAUAUUCUUGGCGGAGUCGACUAUAAAGGAGUUAGAGAAAUCAUGAAAGGAUGCAAAGAAAAAGCCCAAACCAUACCACCUCGAUUAGAUGCAUCAGUACAACCGCAACUUAAGGCUUUAGAAAAUGUUAUUGAAUUUAUUUUCGAUAGAAAUGCAUGCUUAUUACCAGGCUAUUUUAUUGUUAAUGAGAUACAAAAAGCUUAUCCCGACGGCAAAAAUUGGCCUCAUUGGAAACUAGCAAAACUGCUCUCCGAUUUUGUCGAAAGUUUUCGACACACCGCCCAAAUGGUAUCUAUAGUCGGUCACUCAAAAAUGUUGCCAGUGGUUGAACACACAGGAUAUGCAGAUUAUUUGAUUAAUCCUUGGUUGUUGGAUCCCACUACUUUAAAGUUUUCUUUGAAGGGAAAUCUACCUUAUGAUCCAGAUUUACUUAAGCCUCAGACAGAAUUACUUAGAUAUGUUCUAGAACAGCCGUAUAGUAGAGAUAUGGUCUGUUCGAUGCUUGGUUUGCAGAAACAGCACAAGCAACGAUGCGUCGUCUUGGAAGAACAACUUGUUGAACUCGUCAUACUCGCGAUGGAACGAUCUGAAAACGAAACUCUACCAGCAGAAGGAAUGGAUGGAACAGUGGCCAAUCACUGGGUGUGGUUGCACCUAUCUUCACAACUUAUUUAUUUUAUUCUCUUCCAAUUUGCCUGUUUUCCGAGUAUUGUUAUGGCGAUACACGAUAAAUUAGCGGGCAGAGAAUUGAGGAAGGGCAGAGACCAUUUGAUGUGGGUCCUUCUACAAUUCAUCUCGGGCAGCAUUCAACGAAAUCCGUUGUCGAAUUUUUUACCUGUGCUGAAACUGUAUGAUCUUCUCUAUCCGGAAAAAGAACCUCUGCCUGUUCCAGAUUAUACCCAAGCUCUGUGCACUCAUCAAAUGGCGAUAACGUGCAUAUGGAUACAUUUACUGAAAAAGGCUCAAACUGAACCCGGCACUAAUAUUCACAGACCCAUACCGCACACGUUGAAAGUCCACCACGAAUUCUUGCAGCAUUUAGUCAUGCCAAAUGCUUCUCUCUGUAUGGGUUCGGAUUAUCGCAUUGCACUUUUGUGCAAUGCAUAUUCGACGAACCAGGAGUAUUUUAGUAGACCAAUGGCUGCACUGGUGGAUACCAUCCUGGGUACCCAAAAGAAUCAGCAACAGCAACCUUUACAAAAUUUACAAAAUAAUGCAGCAUUAGCCAAUGGUCCAACAACGCCACUUUCAAUGUCUAUUUUGGAUUCUUUAACCGUGCACUCCAAGAUGAGCUUAAUUCACAGCAUUGUCACGCAUGUCAUCAAGUUAGCACAAUCAAAGAGCAACAUGGCAUUGGCACCAGCGUUAGUCGAAACUUACAGCAGACUACUGGUAUACACGGAAAUUGAGAGUCUCGGUAUUAAAGGAUUUAUCAGCCAAUUGUUGCCGACAGUGUUCAAAUCGCACGCGUGGGGAACUUUAUAUACGCUGUUGGAAAUGUUUAGCUACAGGAUGCAUCAUAUUCAACCACAUUACAGGGUACAGCUGCUGUCGCAUCUCCACAGUCUCGCAGCGGUACCACAGACCAACCAAACGCAGCUUCACUUGUGUGUCGAAAGCACAGCUUUACGAUUAAUUACCGGCUUGGGCUCUGCGGAAGUACAACCACAGCUGUCUAGAUUCUUAUCCGAGCCGAAAACCCUUGUGUCUGCGGAAUCAGAAGAACUUAACCGAGCGUUAGUAUUGACACUGGCACGAUCCAUGCAUGUAACUGGCACCGGCGCUGACAGUCUCAGCGGCACGUGGUGCAAAGAGUUGUUGAACACCAUCAUGCAAAAUACACCGCAUUCUUGGGCUAAUCACACCCUUCAGUGUUUUCCGCCGGUGUUGAGCGAGUUCUUCCAGCAGAACAGUGUGGCGAAAGAAAACAAACAACAAAUAAAGAAGGCGGUCGAGGAAGAAUACAGAAAUUGGGCAUCUAUGAACAAUGAGAAUGACAUCAUUGCGCAUUUCUCUGUCCCUGGUACUCCACCAUUAUUUCUGUGUCUUCUAUGGAAAAUGAUACUCGAGACUGAUCGCAUUAGUCCUAUUGCAUACAAAAUUCUCGAGAGAAUAGGCGCUAGAGCGCUGUCGGCUCAUCUCAGAAAAUUCUGCGAUUAUCUUGUGUUUGAAUUUGCCAACAGCGUUGGCGGCCAGCAUGUCAACAAAUGUGUGGACACUAUUAAUGACAUGAUUUGGAAAUACAACAUAGUAACCAUUGACCGACUUGUGCUCUGUUUAGCUUUAAGAACUCAAGAGGGUAAUGAAGCACAAGUAUGCUUCUUCAUCAUACAAUUGUUGCUAUUGAAAGCGGCUGAAUUUAGAAACCGUGUACAAGAGUUUGUGAAAGAGAACUCGCCAGAGCAUUGGAAACAAUCAAAUUGGCAUGAGAAGCAUCUCGCUUUCCAUAGAAAAUUCCCAGAAAAGUUUGCACCGGAGGGUAUUAUGGAGCAAACUAGUGGCGGGCCUAGCCAGUAUCAAAAUUUGCCCGUGUACUUCGGGAAUGUAUGUCUUCGUUUCUUACCAGUUUUCGACAUAGUAGUGCACCGAUAUCUGGAGAUACCGCCUGUUAUCAAGAGUUUGGAAAUAUUACUGGAACAUUUAGGCUGUUUGUACAAAUUUCAUGAUCGACCUGUUACAUACCUUUACAAUACGUUACAUUAUUACGAAAAGAAGUUGCGAGAUCGACCGUUGUUAAAACGUCGAUUGGUAUCCGCUGUUUUGGGAUCAUUAAGGGAAAUCAGAGCGCCAGGAUGGGCCCUUUCCGAAGCUUAUCAAAUGUAUAUGACACGCUUUAAUGACGAUGCAGUCUCGUGGGUACCAGAGUUAGAUUAUUACAUUCGACUGGUUCAAAGGAUUGUAGAAACAAUGUCUGGCACGGCUCACUUUCCUGCUACCGAUUGGAGAUUCAACGAAUUCCCAAAUCCAGCAGCGCAUGCAUUAUAUGUGACUUGCGUCGAACUCAUGGCUCUUCCAGUUGCUCCAGAUGCAGUGGCUAACUUCUUACUGGACGUUGUCGCUAAAGGAUAUACUGUUGUGCCAUCAGACGAGAUACAUUUAUGGAUAAAUUGCGUUGGUUUAUUACUGGCGGCGUUACCUGAAUGUUAUUGGUCAGCGUUGCACAAACGUUUACUGGAGACUAUUAGCAGUCCCGGCUUGGUCAAUUGGCAAUACAAUAACUUGACACCGUUUCAAAUGUUUAACUUCAAUAUUACGCAUAAUAGCCUAUUAGAAAACAAGUAUAGCUACAUGCUUGCACUGGCGCAUUCCGUGUGGCAUCAUGCAGGUGUAGGACAAAUUACAACGAUGCCUCAGUUUAUCAAGGAGAAACUUCAGCCAGUUGUAAGCAGCGAGGAACAGUUAAUAUACGCCUGUCAUCUAAUCGGCCCUACUUUGGCGAGGUUUAAUGCGGAGCGACCGCACUGUGUGGUCGAACUCGCAGUCUGUCUAUACGAAAUGUUGGAACGUGUUGAUCAUACUCAAACUACCUUGAAUUACAUGGAUUCAAUUUGCGAUUUAUUGUAUCAUAUUAAGUACAUGUUCGUCGGUGAUAUGACUAAAAAUGAGGUGGAAUGUAUUAUACGAAGACUAAGGCCGGCAUUGCAGAUGAGACUGCGUUUUAUCGCUCACAUAAACAUUGACGAGAUCCAUACAUCUUAAGACAUAACUACUCAGACACUACAUCGUAACGUGUAAUUUAGCUUCUCGGAA